CUGUUUGGUCCAGCAAGCCGUAUCCGGGACAAAAGCCCCCCGCGAGCCCAACGGCGCGAGCCCAAAACAUGCACGCGCUGUGCUCCGUUCUACACCGAAAGCCGCGUUCAAAUGCUCGGUUUUAGAACCGGGAGGGCGCGAGAGCCGGGCCGGCUAACGCCCGCGGGGCACCGCCGACCGGCGGGACUGAGCAGGGACCGCGGUACCUCUCGAGAGCCGACGCCCGAAGAAGGACGUCCUCAAACGGCCGUCCGGGCGGUUCCGUCGCGGGUGGAUGGCGGAGCGCGGACAGGUGGCAUCGCCCUGCUUCAGUCCCGAAGGCUCGUCUCAUCUGAAACGUCAUCAAACGGCGCCCCCUGCCGGCCGCGCGCAGCAACGGCCGCGGCUCCUGCUCCGUUAGCCCUCUCCUCCGCCUCCCGGUGCUCCCCGCAGAGCCCAGAGGCAGCCGCGGGGUCUGGACAAGCGACGUUACGGUCGCCGACGUCGGCUACAUCCACCCCCCCCCCCCCCUCCCUCCCUUCCCCAGUCAGCGCUUGUAACCUCGCAGCCAAAAUGGCGGACAACGAGGAUGACAGCGGCGCGGUGAGAACAACAACAGCCGCGGCACAGCCCCCGGUGAUUCCGGCCGGGGAGGGCUGCUUCCCCUCCCAGCCCUCCGCCCAGGGCCCGCAGGCCGGACAGACGCUGCCCGCCGCCGCCGCGGCGGGAGAGCCCCGGGACGGCUCGGAGCCCGCGUCCGGCGCGGAGGGCGGCCAGCCCCCGGAGGGCGCCCCGCCGGGGCCCGGGACGCAGCUCGUGGAGGUCCUGCCCGGGGAGCAGAGCGUGGUGGUGGGCGCGGAGUUCGCGGACCUGGCCAACACCACCAUCAUCUACGUGCAGCCGGACGGCAGCCUGGUGGAGGGCUCCGGCCUGACCGCCGAGGAGCAACAGGCGGUCCUCCAGCAGCUCACCGGGCACCAGAUCGUGCAGGUGUCCGACACCGAGGCCGCGCAGCUGCUCCGGCAGAGCCAGGCGGUCAAGCCCGCGCCGGUCCACAACGCGGCCCUGGACCCCAGCCAGCUGCAGCAGGUCAUCAACCAGGUGGCCAAGUCCCACGGCCAGGUCCACGGCCACCAGGCCCCGAAGCCGCAGGUGCAGGUCCACCAGGGUCCGAGGCAGAAGACCCCGGCCCAGAACAACGCCUCCCUGCAGCUGAAGAGCGCGGCCCAGCAGGUGGCCCUGCAGACCAGCGUCCAGUCAGAACCCGUCAGGAUCCAGAUCCAGGUCCCUCCCAAACCGGAGGGGAAGCCUGGUGUGGACCCUCAGCAGAAGACCGUGGCCAUGGGUCAUCCGCAGGUCAAGCUGUCGGCCAACGGCAGCGUGGCCAACGCUCAGAUCAUCCACAUCCAGCCGGUGGUCAGUCAGCAGGGUCAGCAGUUCUUCCUGCAGCAGAACCCCGGGGACCCGCCCAUCCAGCUGCUGCUGCAGAGCCCCGCCCCCGUGGUCGGCUCUCUGCUCCCGUUGGUCCACAAGCUGACCAGCCAGGCCGCGUUCGCGGGCGCCUCCUCCGGUCCGGCCCAGAAACCCGCAGCGGCCCCGGUCAAAGUGCUGACCGCCCCCGCGGCCAAGAGCCAGCCCUCGCCCAUCGUCAAGGCCCCGCCCCCUACCUCAGCCAAGCCCACGGCCCCCGCCGCCAAAGGUCCAGAUAAAGCGUCUGCGGCCGCCACGCCGAGUCCGGCCCGGUCAGCCACAGCCGCCGCCGGCCGGCCGGCCGCCGCCAGGGAGAAAGAGAAGGAGAGGAAGGGGAAGAAGAGGGAGAGGAAGGCCCCCAAGGUCCAAACCAGGUCCGGCCGCGUGUCCAGACCCCCCAAGUACAAAGCCAAGGACUACAAGUUCAUCAAGACCGAGGACCUGGCCGACGGCCACCAGUCCGACUCGGACGACUACUCGGACAUGAGCCCCGAGCCCCCCGGCCCCGCCCCCACGCCGCCCGACCAGCCCGAGGAGACCAGCACCGCAGAGGCCAGGGAGGAGGAGAAGGAGGGCGAAAGAACGGUCGCCGUGGCAACGGGCAGAGAGCCGGCGCUCUCCGUCUCCCUCCAGGCUGACCGCGGCUCGGCGCCGGCCGCAGGGCUGAGGGGCCUCCACCACCGGGGCCCCGGCCGCCCCAGGGGACGAGGGCGGGGCCGGGGCCGGGGCAGGGGGCGCCCGUUCGGACCGCCCGCUAAGGUGACGCCGGGCCUCAUGAGUCGGCGGGGCCGCCGCGGCCGGCCCCCGAAGCUGGCCGUAACCGCGGUAACGGCGGAGCAGCAGGCGGAGAGGAGGCGAGACAGGCUGCAGGAGAUGGUGGAACAGUGUGAGGACGAGGACCUGAUGGAUGUUGUUCUCCCCCGUUUGACCAAAGUCCUGAGCUUGUGGGAGCUGCUGCUGGCCAAGGUGGAGCGCUCGGGUCCAGCCCACGCUCGCUUCCCGGACAUCUACCACGAGUUUGAAUCCCUGCAGGCGCAGGUGAGGCAGGCCGCCCAGGACUACAUCAGCAGUCCGCAGGGCGGGGCCGCGCCUCUGGAGGUGAACAGGAUGAAGGUGGUCCCUGGAGCAUCGUCCACCUCCAGCGGGCCCAAUAAGAACGUGCGGUACAUAGGGAAUUCCAAGAUGUUGCCGCCGUCAAAGAGGUUUAAGAUGGAGAACAUCGUCGCGGUCCAACAGAACGGUGCCGAGUCACCUCAAACAGGUGGUACCUCAGCCACCGCCGUUCCUCUGGAGAACUCCUCUCUCAAAUCCUGCUCGGUGUCCGUCUCCCCUCUGGUGAUUCCCGAAGGACCCAAACCGAGCGCCUCCGGGGACUCCGCCUCCAGCUCCUGUGGCUCCACGCUGGCCAAGACCGGCCAAGCUCCGCCCCCUCCGGUCCCCAUGGAAGUAGGUCCCGUCCCAGACCAGACCCCGAUCGCCACCGACGUCUCAGUCCAGAUGACGGACCUGCAGGACGUUCUAAGUUCGGGUGCCGAGAGCAGCGCGGACACAAAGGCGCCCGAGUCCAGCCCGGUCCAGACCCCCGCCCCCCCUCAGUCCCAGCAGAGAGACCCGUCGCAGUCGGAGUCCGGCGCGUCGCAAACGCACGAGGCCAAGGACCUGCAGGAAGGCCAGGAGAUUUACAUCGAGACCGAGGGCUUGACCGUCCAGCUGGCGGAGCAGGGCUCGGACGGGAUCGUCAUCGUCAACGGACCGGACGGGACCACCAUGCACAUCCAGACCCCCGACGGGGUCCCCCUGGAGGCGGUCCAGGCCCUGCUGGGCAUCGAGGCGUCAGACGGAACCAAAGCCCCCAAAUAAAGCUCCUACGAACUCUGGACAGAUCAGCACUAUGCAGAACCCCAACUCGAUCUGAAGAACACCGCACAGAUGGAGACCGCUGGAAUGGAGGGGUGUUUGAGACAUUUUCAUACAAACACAAACUGCUAAAUGUCCGUUAACACGAACACGUGAACACCUGCCAGUUCGGAUGGAGCUCCAGAAUAGAAGUCGGCCUCGAACAGGGAAAGCAGUUCCUCCUGCCCCGCUGCUGGACCUGGGAUUGUCAGACUCGUUUUAUCGUUCCGGUUUGCACUAAAGUUCCUGUUACAAAAAACAAAAACAAACAAAAAAAAGCUCUCCGACCAGGACUUCGGAGUUGUGUUCAAAGGGCCUGAGCGAGGCUGUAGCUCCCGGGUCUCCGUGUGUCCUCGCGUCAUGUUCUAGACCUAUUUAACGUGGUGUUGCUGGUAUUUACGAGCCCAAACUGAGAAGAAGGACUCUUCUGCUCAAAAGUCAGCGAACCCCCGAUCCACACAUAAGCUGAUCGGCAACCUGGUCCAUAAACAAUCACCCGCGAUAACCCGUUGGACAUUCAGACGUGAGCACCAUUCUGACAAUCAGCCCGUGGCGUCUUUGGUAGUCGUAUGUAGUGUCCCUUCGGGGCUCCCGUACUCCACUCUGCUGAACAGGAAAGUCUUCGCCAGUUUGAUCGGCUUUAAGGCCUCCAGCAGGUCUCCCGCCGGUUUUUAACGGAUUAUGCUCGUCGUUGUACAUUUGUAAACUUGUUUUCCCCCCGUUUCCAGAUUUGGACUUCUUCAUUUGAAACUAGAAGGUAUUUGGUUGAAUGUUUAUAUGUAGAUAAAUAUGAAGAACAAAGUUUAAAAGAGUUUCAAUAUUUUACUACUUUUUAUAAAGCUUCAAAGUUUUUUUGAACUAAACCUGAAGGUUCUGGAGUCAAUGUGAGUACGGACUUAGAACAGUUUGGAGGAACUUGUUUGUUCUUUUGAUGGUUCAAGUUGAGAAUGCAUUAAAUGUGUCACAUUCGACUCAGUUUGAUGGUUCCGGUCAUCGGCUACCAAGCGGAGGUCUUAUUUAUAGACGCACUAAACGGGGCCUAGAUUUAAAAAAAACGCAGAUAUGAGGCGGGAACUGAAGACUGAACUGACGCAUGGUGAUUCCUCCCAGACAUUUAACUUCACUCCAUAUCAAACUUUCAUAGUAGACUUUACCAUAAGCAUUCAAAAUAGCUAUCUAUGCUAGCGCCGGUGAGCCACAACCAUACAAAAUGCUCUCUCAAAUAAAUAAAAAUUCAAUUCAAUUCAAUUUUAUGUAUAUAGCACAACAACAACAGUUGUCUUUCCAAA